UUAAUUUAUUACAUUUGGAAACUGAAAUAAUCGUUAUAGCACUAAUAUGUGAUUACGAAGGUUCAAUAAACAGAUUCACGCUCAAGUUUAGUUUGUGAGGUCAUAAUGUUGACUGCGUUGAUAUCAACGAACACUAAUAAAAUAAACAAAAUAUAAUGCAUAAAUAUACUGAUUAAAUGCCACAGAGUUGCAGUGAUUUGAACAAAUACCUUGUGUUUUUACUAAAGCAUAAUGCAUGUAAAAGUACCUAAAGUAGAAAAGUGUUGCUUUUGUAUUCCCUUACGCGGGGGGAUUAUUAUAUUUGGAUAUAUUAAUAUAAUAUUGUCGAUAUGCGCUGUGGCGUGUCUCGUUAUCACGACCGAGCUGCAGCGGCUGUCGGUGACAAACGAUGCAUCGCUCGAAGUCGUCACCUCCACCGUAUUGUUCAGUAUACUAGGUAUGGGCGUCAUACUGAACAUACUGCUACUUGUCGCUGGAUAUCAGAGAGACUUGUUAAUGUUACGGCUGUAUAAUUACUAUGCUGUGGCAACAACUCUGGCUGCUCUGGUGCCCAUAUUCGUGCUGCUUUCCCGGGGAAUGCUUUUUGAGGUGUUCACAGCGCUGUUUGCAUUAUUAAUGCAGUGCUACGUAAUCGUGCUGGUGCGCAGUGAGGUGCUGAAGCUUGAACACGAGGUGAUGGCGCACGAGGAGCACGCAGAGAACCAGCUUACAGUUGUAGUGCCUGAUAGUGUCACUUUGCUAUGAACAAGGAAUGUUACGUUUGAAGAUAUAAAUGUUUCUGUUUUUUUA